AUGUGUAUCGCAAUCCUGUCCACCGAGCAUCCGGACUACCGUCUCAUCAUCUGCAACAACCGCGAUGAAUUCUUCCAUCGGCCAACCGCCCGAGCCGGAUGGUGGCCCUCCCCACAUACCCACGUCCUCGGCGCCCGGGACAUGGCGCGCGCCGUGCACGGCACCUGGCUCGGAAUCACGAAACAAGGCCGUCUCGCCAUUCUCACCAACUUCCACGAGGCCAGCCGCGACCAGGCCAUAGGCAACUGCAGUCGCGGCGAGAUCGUCAACAGCUGGCUCACGCUGCCCCCGGACAGCCCCCUCACCACGGAGGACUUCACUGCGCAGUUCACGCGCAACGGCUACCGCAAGCCGAUUGGCGGGUUCAACCUCGUCUGCGGGAACGUCAUGGAGCCGCUAGCCGUGUUCUCGAACCGGGGCGCUGCCGAGAAGGUCGUCCGCUGGGUGGCGAGUCAGCCGGGGGAGACCGUCGCCCUGAGCAAUACGGAGUUUGGGGAUCAGUCGUGGGCGAAGGUCGUGCAGGGGGAGAGGUCAGUGGCGGACGAGGUGGCGGCGCAUGUCGACGGCCGGGAGGACGAGGAUGCGCUGGUGGAGAGACUCAUGGGGGUGCUGAGCACUGAUACGCUGACGCGGUUGGAGGCGAAUGCAGAGCUGGAGGCGUAUAUCGAGCAUCUACCGGGGAGUGUGUUUGUCCCGCCAGUGGGCUGUCCUGAUGACGGGAUAGUGGAAGGCGAAACGUCGCUCCCCGGAGCGCCGAAUGGAGCACCCAGUGCCGCGUAUUUUCGGGGAUUGUACGGCACGCAGAAGCAGACGGUAAUUCUGGUGGGAUAUGAUGGGCGCGUGCGGUUCGUCGAACGGACAUUGUAUGAUGAGGAUUGUCGGCCGGUGCCGGUGGAGAGUCGCGAUCAGUCGUUCGAAUUUGUCUGUGAGAGGUAG